GGGGAAUGACAGAGGAAAAGAAAGCGUUGAGGCGUAAGGCCCUUGCCAAGUGGCUGAAGGAGAACAUUUUGAGAUUAGGUCCAACAUUCAUCAAAAUUGGCCAGCAGUUCUCCACAAGGGUGGACAUUCUUGCUCAAGAAUAUGUUGAUCAAUUGUCAGAACUUCAGGAUCAAGUUCCUCCUUUCCCAUCAGACACAGCUGUUUCUAUUGUUGAAGAAGAGCUUGGUGCCCCUUUGAAAGAUAUAUUUGAUCGGUUUGACUAUGAACCAAUAGCAGCCGCAAGUCUUGGUCAGGUCCACCGUGCAAGAUUGAAGGGACAGGAAGUUGUUGUUAAAGUACAGAGGCCUGGACUGAAGGAUCUUUUCAAUAUUGAUCUUAAGAACCUGAGGGUAAUUGCAGAAUAUCUACAAAAAAUUGACCCAAAGUCUGAUGGUGCGAAGAGGGAUUGGGUUGCUAUCUAUGAUGAGUGCGCAAAUGUCUUAUAUGAGGAGAUUGAUUACACCAAGGAAGCUGCUAACUCUGAACUAUUUGCAAGUAACUUCAGAAACAUGGAUUAUGUUAAAGUCCCAACAAUAGUAUGGGAAUACACUACACCACAGGUUCUGACAAUGGAGUACGUCCCAGGGAUCAAAAUUAACAAGAUACAAGCUAUAGAUCAAUUGGGCAUUGAUCGGCAAAGGUUGGGUCGAUAUGCUGUUGAAUCGUACUUAGAGCAAAUUCUGUCUCAUGGAUUUUUUCAUGCCGAUCCUCAUCCUGGAAAUAUUGCUGUGGAUGAUGUCAAUGGUGGAAGAUUGAUUUUUUAUGAUUUUGGAAUGAUGGGAAGUAUCAGUCCAAACAUUAGAGAAGGUUUGCUGGAAACAUUUUAUGGAGUUUAUGAGAAGGAUCCAGAUAAGGUCCUUCAGGCAAUGAUUCAGAUGGGUGUUCUUGUGCCUACUGGAGAUAUGACAGCUGUGAGACGAACAGCACUAUUCUUUCUUAACAGUUUUGAAGAGCGUCUUGCUGCACAGCGAAAAGAGAAAGAAAUGGCAACAGCCGAACUUGGGUUUAAAAAGCCAUUGAGCAAGGAGGAAAGGAUAGUGAAAAAGAAGGAAAGGCUUGCUGCAAUUGGGGAAGAUUUAUUAGCCAUUGCAGCAGACCAACCCUUCAGAUUUCCUGCGACAUUCACAUUUGUUGUUAGAGCAUUUUCAGUAUUGGAUGGCAUUGGGAAGGGUCUUGAUCCUCGAUUUGAUAUUACUGAGAUUGCCAAACCCUACGCACUGGAAUUGCUAAAAUUUCGUGAAGCUGGAGUUGAAGUCGUUCUAAAGGACCUCCGAAAUAGAUGGGACAGGCAGUCUCGUGCGUUCUUUAACUUAUUUAGACAGGCUGACAGAGUUGAAAAGCUUGCUGAAAUCAUUCAAAGAUUGGAGCAAGGCGAUCUGAAACUUAGAGUUCGGACUUUGGAAUCUGAGAGGGCAUUCCAGCGGGUCGCAACAGUUCAGAAGACUGUAGGAAAUGCAGUUGGUGCUGGAAGCCUAAUAAAUCUUGCAACUAUCUUGUAUAUUAAUUCCAUUCGAUUUCCUGCCAUUGUAGCAUAUGUCUUGUGUGCAUUUUUCGGCCUUCAGGUUCUCAUAGGCAUCAUUAAGGUAAAGAAGUUUGAUGAGCGGGAGAGGUUGAUAACGGGAACUGCUUAAACAAUUGCAGUGAUCCAGCUCAUGGUUUCAAGUCAACCUUCUGAUCCUUGGAGAGAAUUAGGAUCUUGGGAUACUGUAACACGGUACUUCUACCAACAAUAUGAUUCUAAACUUCCAGCUCGCAGGUUUGUGAUGCAUGUUUAGAUGCUGAACACGGGCUGUUCGUCCAAAGUUUAAUAAGAGUUAUUUUUGUCCCUUUGUUAGGUUAGGUUGGCCAUUGCCAUUUGUUGCCGUAGUCCCAAAUUCUUGUCUCCAAAUGAAGAUAUGUCGUCAUUUUUCAGGUUGAUGACUGUAUAGGGCAGCUUGUAGCCCUAAUGUAGAGUUCUUUGUAACAAUCUUGUAGCUAAGAGCCUGACAACGGCAGUCUGUGGUCUCCCUUCAAAUUUGACGUGGUCGAAUGUGCAUAUUUGUUGUAUCAUGUAGAGUCUUUGUUUUCU